AUUAACAUUAGCGCCGCUAACUUCUUCCGGUUGACACUUCUGGUGUAGAGCGAGUCCAUGCUUGCUCCGCUGCAGAGUACAUAUACAAUUGCUCUAAAUCCAAUUGGAUCAAGUCUAAUUUUAAACAGUGCUGACAUUACCGUUCUCCUAGCAACAGGAUAUUAUGCCCAGCAUUCCCCCUGCAAAGACAUGCUAAACUUUGCCACCUCCAGUCAGUCAGUAGGAUGUCCAGUUCGGACGUGCUAGCCAGUCCCAGUGGUGUGGACGUGUCCUCCUCUCCCAAAUCACCACUGGCUAAAACCCAGCAACCUGACAAGGACUCCAAGCCAGUAACCAAACAGAACCCUGUCCCUGCCUCCCCUCCCCUCCAUGGUCUGAAGCUGGCUCCCCACAGGGAGCUGGAGCAGGCACAGCAGAGGGGCAGGCUGAAGUGUUCUAGCUGCGGAGGCUCCCGGAUGUUCUUCUGCUACACCUGCUGCUCUUUAGUGGGCGUCAGCCAGCAGGAAAUCCCCUCUGUCAAGCUCCCUAUAAAGAUUGACAUCAUCAAGCAUCCCAGUGAGGUUGAUGGGAAGAGCACAGCCAUACACGCCAAGAUCCUCGCCCCCGAUGAUGUCACCAUCUACACCUACCCCUGCAUACCUGACUAUGAAGAUGACAAAGUAGUGCUGGUGUUCCCUGGUCCUGGAUCAGUCUCAGUGGAGGAGAUGACAUGGAGAUUACAGAACCUGGCUGUCAUGAAGUCAGCUGCCUCCCCAGAUGAGGAACCGUCCCCAAAGAGGCCCAGAGCCGAGGAGACGCCAGGGGCCACACAGCAGGCUGAGGGACACACAUCAGGAGCCACACACACAGAAGAGAGGGGAGGGGAAGCAGGGAUAGAGGGCCAGACUGAGACAACAGGGGCCUGUCCCCUCCAGAGAGUGGUGUUCAUCGACAGCACAUGGAACCAGACCACCAGAAUCAUCACAGAUGAGAGACUACAGGCGUUGCUCCGUGUGGAGCUGAAGACCAGGAAGACGUGUUUCUGGCGCCAUCAGAAAGGUUCUCCAGACACCUACCUGGCAACCAUAGAGGCUGUCUACUACUUCCUCAAGGACUACCAGGAGCUGUGUCUGAGACAGGAGUACACAGGACAGUACGACAACCUGAUGUACUUCUACUGUUACCUACACACACUGAUCAACAAGGCUAAGACAACCGCUGGGAGACGCUGAGGCUGCAGGGAGGAGAGAGAGGCCAAAACUACAGCUGGGAGACGCCGAGACUGCAGAUAGGAGAGAGGCCAAAACUACCGCUGGGACACGCAGAGACUGCAGAUAGGAGAGAGAGGCCAAAACUACCGCUGGGAGACGCAGACGCUGCAGAUAGGAGAGAGAGAGCAAAACUACCGCUGAGAGACGCAGAGGCUGCAGAUAGGCGAGAGAGGCCAAAACUACCGCUGGGAGACACAGAGACUGCAGAUAGGAGAGAGAGACCAAAACUACCGCUGGGAGACACAGAGACUGGAGAUAGGUGAGAGAGGCCAAAACUACUGCUGGGAGACGCAGAGACUGCAGAUACCUACACACACAAUCACCACCAAGGCCUCCAAAAAUAGCUGACAAACUGUCUCACUAACCAGUUUUCCAUCCAGCCUUUUUAUGCGAGUAAAGUAUGUCUCUCACCUGCCAGUCAGGUAGCCUUGUCAUCUUAGUUUUGCUCUUGCACUUUGAGAUUUUUUGGUUUUGGAAUUCAUCAAAAGAUUUGUCGCGCUCCCCAUAGAGAGAUAAAAUAUAAAUGUUGUAACUUUCCAAAUGUCGACAAAACAAAAUACGCUAUACAAGGCAGUGGCGACCCAUCAUUCAGAGCAGGUGACUUGUCUGUCUCCCCCUUAUGCCGUAGUUUGUACAUCUCCAUUGUCAGUAGAAACCACAUUUAAGCAAGUCAGCCAUGUUUUUUUUAAAGGCAGCAAAUGAGGCUGAAAGAAGUGUUUCGCUGGCAGACCAGGCUCAGCUGUUAGCCAGGUGUAGCUGGUUAUGGGACUGCUGUUGGGUCAGCUUUAUGUCGGCCCUAACAGGUUGUGGGCACCGUUAUAGUGCUAUUAAUGUAUUGUUUAGUGACUUUGCUGGCAAGCAUCCCACUUUCUUUUUUUGAUUACAUUGUUUUGCCCCACCAAGAUUUACAUGCUAAAAUCACCACUGAGACAAGGUAGGAUCUUUUUGUGUCUAAAAUCACCACUGAGACAAGGUAGGAUCUUUUUGUGUCUAAAAUCACCACUGAGACAAGGUAGGAUCUUUUUGUGUCUAAAAUCA